AUGGGAAAAAAAAGGAAGAUACAGACUCGAGAGGCUGACUCAAGAUCCAGUAACGGAAAAACGGCUACAGAUGGAAGGAUUUAUAAUCUUACCAGCUUUAAAGACGUAGCAGACUCUGAGGAUGAAUUUCACAUUAAUCGCGAUAAAAUACUGCUUGAUGAAGGCCCUGGCACAAAAAGAGCUAAAUGGAACGAGGACUCUGAUUUAGAACUUUCAGAUCACGAAAUUUUAGCAUACUCAGACAGUGAUAAAGACAAUGAUGAAGAUGUGGCCAAACCAAAGAAAAUUGGAUCUAGAAGCAGCUCCGAAACAGAAGUCGAUGAAUUUGGUAAAGAGGAUGAUGAAGAAGAGACCGAGGGGUGGGGAGCUUCCAAACGCGAUUACUAUAAUCAUGAUCAAAUUGAGACAGAAGCCGAUGCAAUUGAGGAAGAAGCCGAGGCGAGGCGACUACAACAGAAAAAACUAGCCAAAAUGACAGCAGCAGACUUUGGAUUUGACGAGGGUGAAUGGUUACACGAUGAUGAUGAAGAAGAAUCUGGAAAAGUUGUGACGGAAAUAAUAAAGGAUGUCGAAAUAACACCCGAUAUGCCAGCUGAAGAGCAGUUCCAAAUUUUUAUAACACGCUAUCCUGAGUUCCAGGCUCUGGCGGACGAAUUAUUACAUUUACAUCCAUUGUACAAGGAGCUGAGGAACCAAGUACAGCUGGAGGCCCACUCAGGAGCUUGUGUAAUCUCUUCCAACUUGAUAAAAUGUCGAGCGCUUGCAGCAUAUAUCUGCGCCAUUUCAAUGUACUUUGCGAUGUUAACUUCACCAGCAAGAGACUAUGUUGGCGAAGGCAAAACUCUUGAUCCAACGGAACUCCAUGACCAUCCCGUCAUGAACAGUUUACUAAAGUGCCGAAAUGUGUGGCUACAAACCAAGGAAAUGAAAAUCAACAUGGAUACAAGCUCCGAGACACCAGAAGCAGCCAUUCAUAACUUAAGCUCCGACGAGAAGAUAAAAUUGCCGCGGGUGAAUAAACUCAAGCCAAACAAAAAAAGCAAAAGAGAACAUAAGCUUACGGAAACUACUGAUGCUGUUGAUGCUGUACAAAAGAAUAAAAUGCAAGCUAUUGAAGAAGAUCUCCAAGAACUUAGCCGAUCGUUAUCGAAAUCAAUUAAACAUAUGAAGAAAGACUCAAAAACAAGGCCUACAAUUGUCCAGGAUAUUUCUGACGCAUCGGACUUUGGAGAAGAGGACUCUUUGGAUGCAAAAUCAGCCAUGUUAAAAGCACAAAAGAAAAAAUCGCUCCGUUUCUACACGUCACAGAUCGCUCAGAAGGCUAAUAAACGUAUGGCAGCCGGGCAAAAUAUGGGUGGCGAUGAAGAUGUCCCACAUCGCGAAAGGUUACGUGAUAGACAAGCACGCCUCAAUGCAGAGGCCGAAAAGCGCGGUAAAACCCUUGAUUCAUACGGGCGUGGUGGUGUCAUGCUAGAUGGUCAGAGUGAUACUGGAGAUGAAGAAGUGGCCCAAAAAAUCAGAGAGGAAGGAAAUGAGUACUAUGACAUGAUAUCGCAGAAAACAAAACAAAAAAAGCUAGACAAGAAAUUGCGCCUUGAAGCGAUAGCUCAAGCAGAAGCUGAAGGGGGAUUGGUACGUGUUGUCGAAGGAGAGAUCGGAGAUGACGGUAAAAGAGCGAUUGGAUAUGUGAUUGAAAAGAACAAGGGACUCGCACCCAAGCGGAAAAAAGAUGUUCGCAAUCCACGUGUGAAGAAGCGGAAGAAGUUUGAGGAGAAAAAGACGAAGCUCGCUAGCAUGCGGGCUGUGUACAAAGGGGGAGAGGAAAGAGGUGGAUACGGAGGAGAGAAGACGGGAAUAAAGAGCGGACUGGUGAAGAGUAUCAAACUGUAG